AUGGAUACAGACACAGAAAAUUGUGAAUUUCCUUAUUAUUUCCUCUCUGAAUCUGAGCAUUAUCCUGAGUUUUCUACUUCAAUCCAGUUCAUCUCGUCCAUGUAUCAUGGCGAGUCCUCCUUAGAACCUCAUUUAGGAAAUCGGGAGGAUUCUGGAAUUACUUUAAAUGAAAAGCUCUCGAUUGAUGAGGUUGAGGGGUUCUUCAAUUGGAGUACAGAAAGUGACAACGGUUCAUCUUUACAAGAAUUCUGUACUACAGAAGAAUCGGUUGAUGUCUCAUCAAUCAAAUGCCCCCUAGUUUUUCCCCAGGAGGACAUGGAAGUCGAUGAUGAAGUGAGCAUACCCCAUUUGCUCAAGGCUUAUGGGGAGGCCAUGGAGAAUCGAAACAAAGAGCUCGAGGAAGUAAUAUUGAAGCGGUUAGAAGAGAAGGCUAGUCCAAGAGGAGGAGCCACCCAACGCCUUGUUUAUUACUUGAUCAAAUCACUGGACCAAAAUCUUGACUAUUUGACACAUGAAGCAAGCAAGAAUUAUGUGUUGGCAUUUACGGCCUUCUAUGAAUUCUUCCCUUACGGGAGAUUUGCUCAUGUCAUUGCUACUUCAUCGAUACUAGAGGCUUUACCUGAUGAUGCAGAGCAAAUUUGUAUCGUGGACUUCGACAUGGGGGAAGGAGUUCAAUGGCCUCUCUUGAUUGAGGCACUGGCAAAGCAACGCCAACGGGUUACCCGAAUCAUAUCACUAAAAAGCGACGACUCCAAAUCUGUACAUCCCCUUCAGAGAUUUGAGAAGACAAAAGAGCGACUAUGUAAACACGCCUUUUCUUGUGGAAUAAAACUAAGAAUUGAUGAGAUUGAUACGGAGGGAUUGGUAUCCGAGAUUAAGAAAAUGAUGAAGUUUGGAGGAAGGGAGUUUUUAGCCUUCAAUUGCAUGGUAGGUCUCCCUCACAUGGGGAGACAGAAGAGCUCUAGGCAUGUUUCCCAGUUCCUAAAGAUAGCUCAAGAAUCAAUCUAUACCGGUGAUCGAACUAGGAACCGGGGAGUCAUAAUUUAUGGGGAUGGAAUGAGGGUGGAAGAGAGGAGAAGUGAUGGCUACGGAUUUGGAUCUUUCUUUGAAGGGCAGUUGGGCCGCGUCACAGCGUUGCUUCAGUCGAUGGAGUGGCAAAUGCCUAUGCAGCAUAAAGAGGCAAGAAUAGCCAUGGAGUGUCUGUUUGUGUCACCCUAUGUUUCUUCUCUUUCUAGCUCUGAGAAGUGGGAAGAGAGAGAUUGCAGAGAUGGGCUUCCAUCAAAGAUUGGAUUGAAUGCCCGGAGGGUGAGCAAAGAUAUUGUUUCAGAAGCUAAAGAACUAGUGAGAUAUGGGGAUGGUCUGUAUAGGGUAGGAACUGAAGGGGAGAAAGAAAAUCAAGUGGUGUUGUGUUUUGUGGGGACUCCAUUAGAUAUUGACAUGGAAAAUUGUGAGUUCUCUUCUUCUUUCUUCUCUAACGGCGAGGGAUUCUUCAACUGGGCAGAAAGUGAGAACCGUUCACCUUCACAAGAAUUCUUUACGAUUGAAGAAUCGGUUGAUGUCUCAUCAGCCAAACAGCCUUUUUCGCAUAGGAAGAUAUGA